GUGGACGCAGCCUUCAAAGCACACCGACAAACCGUGCUCCUCCGCCGCGGAAGACUUCGAUGAUAGCGUGAUUAUUUAACAUUUCUCUCUAACUCCCUUUUUCCCUAUACUUCCCGCGCAAUUUACCACUACCACUGAGUGAAUAGAUUCGUUUUUACCAAAGGAAUUCCCGGACCUGACGUGGGAAUAUGCUUUGGAAACUUUGUCUACUCAUGCCGGGAGCAUCGCUGGUGUUGCUCAAGCACAUGACGGAUUCAGGGAGCUAGACCGCUCGCUCUAGCGUUCUCCCUUCUUCAAUACCAGAGAUAAUCAUCCAUCCUGACCAUCACCAGAGGAGGAUAAACUUAAUGAAUAACUUUUAUGGAAACGGGACAAGUAUUGCUGUUGAAAUAGUUUACUAUAUUGAUAUUUUAUUAUUUAACUUUGCUCCCGAUGCAGGUGCAGUGAGAAGUGAAUGGUCUAUGUUUUGUUGCAAUUCGUAGCCUAAAUAAAAAAUAGGUGUUCUUCCUUGCAAUACAGAAUAAAAGCCACGACUGCCAGUGUCUGCUACAAUUGAGUUAAAACACAAUAGGCUCUGUAUCCUGCAGUGAACAUGGACUCUGCUCCUAUUUUUAUCCAAAAGGUUACAGUUUAAAGGAAAAAUACUUUAUUUAUUGACCGCGGUAUUGCAUAAGCCUACUGAUAAUUGCAUUUAUGGGCUUAUGUUAGUUGGAAUUUACUCCCAUUCUUUCAGCUCUAUGUGUGACUGUACAAACUUUCAAUUCAUCUGCUCCAUAUACCGUUCCUUCUGAGCAGUUGGAUCACGCGGUCUCGCUCGAGCGGCCGGAGACUCGGAGAUUGCCCGGUUUCAGCGACGACAACGUUCACCGAGAGGACAGUUGCAAGAUCCACACAGACACAACGAUAACUCCAGGACGAUUUGGUCAGCAGCACAACAUGUAUUCAGCGUGCCGGACACACACUGUUUAUUUAGCCCGGCUGUGGACAAUGGCUGGGGUUUCGCCUGGACUGAGGUGGCGCGCCUCAUGGAUUUUAUUGUUUUCCCUGUUUAUCCACUACACAACAGCUCAAGAUGAUGUGCCGCCCUACUUUAAGACGGAGCCGGUGCGGAGCCAGUUGCACCUGGAGCGUAACAGGCUGGUGUUGACGUGUAUGGCGGAAGGAAGCUGGCCCCUGGAGUUCAAAUGGAUCCACAAUGGCACCGAGCUCACACGGUUCUCAUUGGAGUACAGGUACCUGAUUCCCUCCCUGGACCGUUCCCAUGCUGGAUUCUACCGAUGUAUCGUCAGGAACCGUGUAGGAGCCUUACUACAGAGGAGGACUGAAGUACAGGUGGCAUUUAUGGGCAGUUUUGAAGAGGGUGAGCGUGCUCAGUCGGUCUCUCAGGGGGAGGGGGCGGUGGUUCCCGCUCCACGCAUCAGGAGCUUUCCCCAGCCGCAGGUCACAUGGUUCAGAGAUGGACGCAAGAUACCACCCAGCAGCCGCAUAGCCAUUACCCUGGACAACACUCUGGUCAUCCUGUCCACGGUGGCCCCUGAUGCUGGACGCUACUACGUACAGGCGGUCAACGACAAGAACGGGGAAAACAAGACCAGCCAGCCCAUCACCCUGUCUGUUGACAAUGUGGGUGGUCCUGCAGACCCUAUCGCCCCCACCAUAAUCAUCCCCCCCAGGAACACCAGUGUAGUGUCAGGCACCUCUGAAGUCACCAUGGAGUGUGUCGCCAAUGCCAGACCCCUGAUCAAACUCAGCAUCACAUGGAGGAAGAACAGGGUUCUUGUCACCAGUGGUCUGAGUGACUUCAACCGCAGACUGACCAUUAUCGGCCCUGUGGUCAGUGACUCAGGGUUCUACGAGUGUGAGGCGGUCCUCCGCAGCAGCAGUGUGCCUUCUGUCAACGCUGGGGCCUACCUACAUGUUCAAGAGCCUCCCCAGUUUGUGAAGGAACCAGAGAAACACAUCACUGCUGAGAUGGAGAAAGUGGUGGAUAUCCCCUGCCAGGCACGAGGUGUGCCUCAGCCAGACAUUGUGUGGUAUAAGGAUGCGGUGCCCAUCAGUCCAGUGAAGACCCCCAGGUACAGGGUGUUGGUGGGGGGCAGUCUGCAGGUCAACGGCCUUCUGCCCGACGACACAGGAAUGUUCCAGUGUUUCGCCCGGAACCUGGCAGGAGAGGUGCAGACCAACACCUACCUUGCUGUCACUAGCAUCGCCCCUAACAUCACAGCUGGGCCAUCCGACAGCACGGUGAUUGAUGGCAUGUCAAUCAUCCUCCACUGUGAAACAUCAGGAGCCCCCAGACCGGCCAUCACCUGGCAGAAAGGUGAGCGUGUCCUGGCCAGUGGUUCUGUCCAGCUGCCCAGGUUCACCCUGCUGGAGUCAGGCAGCCUUCUCAUCUCCCCCUCCCACUUACCAGACGCUGGCACAUACACCUGCAUGGCCAGCAACUCCCGGGGCAUAGACGAGGCUGCUGCUGACCUGUUGGUGUGGGCUCGUACCCGUAUCAACACCCCCCCUCAGGACCAGAGUGUCAUCAAAGGCACCAAGGCCAUCAUGACCUGUGGAGUUACACACGACCCCAGUGUCACCGUCAGGUAUGUAUGGGAGAAGGAGGGCUCGGUCAUCAACGCCCAGUCCAUCCCUCGUAUCCGGCUGGACCCUGAUGGUACUCUCCACAUCUCCCAGACCUGGUCAGGUGACAUCGGGACCUACACCUGUAGGGUCACCUCCGUAGGGGGCAACGACUCACGCAGCGCACACCUCCGAGUCAGGCAGCUGCCCUAUGCUCCAGAGAACCCUGUGUCUCUGCUGAGCUCCUCAGAGAAGAGGGCCAUCAACCUGUCCUGGGCCAAGCCAUUUGACGGGAACAGCCCCCUAAUUCACUACGUUCUGGAGGUCUCCGAGAACAACGCUCCCUGGGCUAUCCUCCUGGCCAACAUAGAGCCUGAGUCGACAGCAGUGACCGUCAGCGGGCUUAUCCCAGCACGCUCCUACCAGUUCCGCCUGUGUGCCGUCAACGACGUGGGAAAGGGCCAGUUCAGCAAGGAGACUGACCGUGUGUCUCUACCAGAGGAACCUCCCAGUGCUCCUCCCCAGAACGUGAUCGCCAGCGGCCGCACCAACCAGUCCAUCAUGAUCCAGUGGCAGCCCCCACCAGAGAGCCACCAGAACGGGGUCCUCAGAGGCUACAGCGUCCGAUAUCGUCUGACAGGUCUUCCAGUGGACUACCAGAGUAAGAACAUCUCCAAACCAGAUGUGACCAACCUUCUCCUGGAGGACCUGAUCAUCUGGACCAACUAUGAGAUCGAGGUGGCGGCCUACAACUGGGCGGGGCUAGGAACCUUCAGCCACAAGGUUACUGAGUGGACGCUGCAGGGAGUGCCGACUAUAGCCCCCAGUAACGUUCAGGCGGAGGCUGUCAACUCCACGACCAUCCGUAUCACCUGGGCCGCCCCUAACCCUCAGUUCAUCAACGGGAUCAACCAGGGAUACAAGCUGUUGGCAUGGGAGCCAGGUCAGGAAGAUGAGGUCACCAUGGUUACAGUGAGACCUAACUUCCAGGAUAGUGUGCAUGUGGGCUACGUGACAGGGCUGAAGAAGUUCAGAGAGUACUACACCUCUGUGCUUUGUUUCACUACUCCUGGGGAUGGACCUCGCAGCCCUGCUAAAGGCCUGAGGACACAUGAAGACACUCCUGGGGCUGUGGGUCACCUGAGCUUCACAGAUAUCCUGGAUACGUCUCUCAAAGUGAGCUGGAGAGAACCUGGAGAGAAGAAUGGAGUCCUCACAGGCUACCGUAUCUCAUGGGAGGAGUUUAACCGCACCAACACACGGGUGACCCACUACCUCCCCAACGUGACCCUGGAGUACCGCGUCACAGGGCUGACUGCCCUCACAACCUACACCAUCGAGGUGGCCAGCAUGACCUCCAAGGGCCAGGGACAACUGUCCUCCUCCACCAUCUCUUCUGGAGUACCUCCAGAGCUGCCUGGUCCUCCCACCAACAUGGCCAUCUCCAACAUCGGCCCUCGAUCCAUCACCCUCCAGUUCAAACCCGGCUAUGAUGGAAAGACCUCCAUCUCUCGCUGGCAGGUAGAGGCCCAGGUCAGUGUGAUAGGAGACAAUGAGGACUGGGUGAUUGUUCACCAGCUGCCCAACGAGCCUGAUGCCCGCUCCAUGGAGGUGCCAGGACUCAACCCAUACACCUUCUACAGGUUCCGUAUGCGUCAGGUAAACAUUGUGGGUACCAGUCCUCCAAGUCAGCCCUCCAGAAAGAUCCAGACCUUGCAGGCCCCUCCAGACAUGUCCCCCGCCAAUGUCACCCUGCGCACGGCCAGCGAGACCAGUCUGUGGCUUCGAUGGGUGCCCCUACCAGAGUGGGAGUACAAUGGGAACCCAGAUCUGUUGGGCUACCGGGUCCAGUACUCCCGUACAGGCUCCCAGGGCAGGGCGCUGACCCAUGUGAUAGCUGACCGGCUGGAGAGGGAGUUCACUAUCGAGGACCUGGAGGAGUGGACAGAGUACGAGGUCAGGGUUCAGGCUCUCAACGGCAUCGGGGCCGGGCCCUGGAGCCAGCCAGUCAGAGGGAGGACCAGGGAGUCUGUCCCCUCCUGUGGCCCUACCAACAUGUCAGCCUUCGCCACCACCUCCAGCAGUAUCCUGGUGCGCUGGUUUGAAGUACCGGAACAAGACCGGAAUGGACUUAUCCUGGGCUACAAGGUGUUGUAUAAGGAGAAGGACUCAGACUCGUCCCUCCAGUUGUGGACAGUAGAGGGGAACGCCAGCCACAGUGUCCAGCUGACUGGUCUGGGGAAAUACGUCCUCUAUGAGAUCCAGGUCCUGGCCUUCACCCGCAUCGGAGACGGCAUGCCCAGCUCACCGCACAUACUGGAGAGGACCCUGGAUGACGUGCCCGGCCCUCCAGUUGGCAUCCUGUUCCCUGAGGUCCGGACCACCUCGGUGCGUCUCAUCUGGCAGUCCCCGUCUCAACCUAACGGCAUUAUCCUGGCCUAUCAGAUCACGUACCGUCUGAACUCGAGCAAUAGCAACAUGGCCACAGUGGACGUGCUGAACCCGAGUGCUCGUCAGUACAUGGUGACGGGCCUGAAAAAAGAUUCAAUGUAUGUGUUCCGCAUCACAGCCCAGACACGCAAGGGCUGGGGGGAGGCCACAGAGGCACUUGUGGUCACCACCGAGAAGAGAGCUCGCCCCCAGCCCACCGAUCGUCCCAUGGUGCCCCAGGAGGAUGUUCAGGCCCGCAGCGUGUUGUUGUCAUGGGAACCAGGCAGCGACGGCCUCUCUCCGGUCCGCUACUACACCGUCCAGCUGAGAGAACUGCCCGACAGCAACUGGACGGUCCAUUCUGCCUCGGUCAACCACGAGGCUAACUCCUACAUAGUUGGCAGGCUGAAGCCCUUCACCUCCUACCAGUUUAGAGUGAAAGCCACCAACGACAUAGGAGACAGUGAAUACAGCGAGGAGAGUGAAGCUAUCACUACACUACAGGACGCCCCUGACGAAGCCCCCACAAUCCUCUCUGUCACGCCACACACAACUACAUCCGUGCUGAUUCGCUGGCAGCCUCCGUCUGAGGAGAAGAUAAACGGUAUCCUCCUGGGCUUCCGGAUACGGUACCGGGAGCUCCUGUACGACCGUCUUCGCAGCUUCUCCGUACGCACCGCCAACAGCCCCUCUGCUACCUGGGCUGAGCUCACCUCCCCCUACAGUGUGCGAAACCUGAGCGAGUCCUCUCUCACCCAGUAUGAGCUGGAUAACCUGAGCAAACACAAGCGCUAUGAGAUCAGGAUGAGUGUUUAUAAUGUCGUGGGGGAGGGACCAACUAGCACACCACAGGAAGUGUUUGUAGGAGAGGCAGUACCCACUGCCCCGCCCCAGAACGUGGCCAUCCAAACAGCAACGGCCACCCAGCUGGAUGUGACGUGGGAGUCUCCUCCAUUGGACACUCAGAACGGAGACAUCCAGGGCUACAAGGUGUACUUCUGGGAGUUCCAGCGUAAGAACGAGACAGAGAGGCUGCGGACCCUGUUCUUGCCAGAAGGAGGGGUCAAGCUGAAGAACCUGACUGGAUACACCACCUACAUGAUAAGUGUGGCCCCCUUCAACGCAGCAGGGGACGGGCCCCGGAGCCCCCCGACCAGGGGCCGCACACAGCAGGCUGCCCCCAGCGCUCCCAGCUUCCUCCACUUCAGUGAGCUGACCACCACUUCGGUCAAUGUGUCCUGGGGUGAGCCCACCUACCCCAACGGCAUCCUGGAGGGCUACCGGCUGGUCUACGAGCCCUGCACCCCUGUGGACGAGUCCGUGGCCUGUGCCGACUGUCUUCACUCCCCCUCCCCCCCAGGCGUCAGUAAGAUAGUGACGGUGGACGUCAAAGGGGCCCCGUUCUGGAUGAAGAUCAAGGAUCUGGCUGACGGGGUCACCUACAACUUCAGGAUCCGGGCCAAGACGUUCACCUACGGGCCUGAGGUGGAGGCUAACAUCACCAUGGGGCCUGGGGAAGGAGCCCCCGGCCCCCCUGGAGAGCCCUUCAUCUCUCGCUACGGCUCGGCUCUGACCAUCCACUGGGCCAACGGUGAUCCCGGGAGGUCGCCUAUCACACGCUACGUCAUCGAGGCCAGACCUUCAGAUGAAGGCUUGUGGGAUAUCUUGAUCAAGGACAUCCCAAAAGAAGUGACGUCAUACACCUUCAACAUGGACAUUCUGAAGCAAGGGGUUAGUUAUGACUUCCGGGUCAUUGGAGUGAACGACUAUGGCUACGGAUCUCCUAGUCCACCCUCAGCCUCCAUAUCUGCCAAAAAGGUGGCGCCAUUCUAUGAAGAGUGGUGGUUCCUUGUGGUGGUGGCUCUCGUGGGACUCAUCUUCAUCCUCCUACUGGUCUUCAUCCUCAUCAUCAGAGGACAGAGCAAGAAGUACGCCAAGAAGUCUGAAUCAGGGAACAACUCUAACUGUAACGCCCUGACCCAUGGAGAUAUGGUCAGCCUGGACGAGGGACGCUUCCCCGCCCUGGAACUCAACAACCGACGGUUGUCCGUCAAGAACUCCUUCUGCCGUAAGAACGGCGUCUACACCAGGUCUCCUCCUCGGCCCAGCCCAGGCAGUCUAAACUAUUCUGACGAGGAUUUGAGCACCACCAAGUACAACGAUCUGAUCCCGGCUGAGACCAGUAGCCUAACAGAGAAACCAUCGGAGAUAUCAGACUCUCAGGUACCAACAGAGGCCCUCGUGUUCUCGUAUGGGACGGGUGGUCUGCGUGUGCUUCCACUGAAUUGGGGCAGUGACAGUGAGUACGAGGUGGAUCAGAACAGACACAAGACCCACUCUUUCGUGAGCCACUACAUCAGUGACCCAACCUACUACAACUCCUGGCGCCGCCAACAGAAGGGCAUUUCCCGGGCUCAAGCUUACAGCUACACUGAGUCAGAGUCGGGCGACCCGGAGCCCUGCGCCCCACCACCACCCCUGCCCCCACUGCCACCCCAGCUCACCUCCACCACCCCUCCGCUCCAGCUCCAGACCAAGGGUCAACCCCAGGGCCUCCCACCCCAGGGCCAGGGUAGUCUCUUCAGGCCUAAAGGCAGCCGGACUCCCACCCCCUCUCAGCAGCUCUCCACCCCCUCCAGCCACUCCAACACCCUGUCCUACUGGCCCCCCAGCAGCCCCAGCCCGGCCCCUGGAUCUCGAGCCCCCAUCGCCGGGUUCUCUUCCUUCGUUUGAUGCAGAGAGAGGGAUCCGUGCUCCCUUCUGAAAACAAAACCCACCCCGCCGCCCAACGUGUGUGUGUUUAGAGAGUAAAUACCCAACACACAACACACACAACAACAAAUAAACCCUUGAAGUCUACCAUUUUCAUUUUGCUUUCUGUCAUGGCUGGUGUUAUUCAAAAAUAAUUCAUGCUUGUUUUUAUUUUGUAUUUGUAUUAAUGAGUUAUGUUGUAAGGAUCAGACUGUAUACAGACAGGACAGAAGUUACAUACUUUAUUUCAGUACUUUUUUCCUCGUGUGCGUGUGCUGGUAUAGUUUUAUUUUCAUUCUUUAAUGACGACAGCUACUGACAGCUACUUAGAACAUGAUAGUAUCUAUUAGCUUUUCUGUUUCUGUUGCUGCUUGAUUGAGUUGCAUGAGUUAUUUUUUUGUAUUAUUUAUUUUCUUUUUCAUUGUUACACUUCUACACACAUUCAACAAUAAAAUAAUCUAGUUAGGGUCUGUAAAAAGUCAAGAGAAUCUUCGAAAAAAUUAUCUAGAAGACAAUAAAAGUGUCAUGGCGUCGAUCCACACUCGGAUAACAAGCACUAAUGGAAGUGAGAUCCCAAAAUGGAGCCAUACAAGCGAAUUUGAAGGAUGGAGAGAGGAACAGGGUAUAGAAAGGACAAAGUAAUGAAAGUGAAAAACAAGGAGGAGGCCAAUUGAGGCCGAAAUGAGCCCACUGCUAUUCUGGAGGUCUUGAGAUGCCUGGGCCUGGCCAAUUUGGCCAAUGGAAGUUUCUGGGUCUUCAUGUAAGACAUGUCAGUGACCUCUGCCCUAUGAUCUAUGGACCAUGACCUUCCUUGGAAUCAGCUCUCUGGCGUGGCAUAGCCUAUAGCACAUGCACAAUUGAGUCUGACAGCAUUUCGAUGUCACUGGCAAGUCACAUCUUUGUGCCUCUGUGCUGUACAUACUGUACACCAAGGGCCCGGUCGCCUGGCCAGGGAGGAGAUGUGAAAUGUACUGUAUGUCUAAAGAGAAAAUGUUCAGGUUGGUCUGCAAGUUGUUUAUUUCAUUGUCCUUCAGUGGAUCAGACAUGCAUUGGUUGAUUAUAAAUAGGGAUUCAUAUUUUCCGGAGAAUCUACACAUUUUCCUUCCCGAGAAAAUUACAAGCCCUUCCCAGGAAUCCCGGUAUUCCCUUUCAAACCGGAAAUGCUAUUUUAAAGCAUAUAUUACCAGCAAAAAAAAAAGACAGAAUUAUACCACUGUAAAUUGAUAAAUAUACACAGGAAUCUAACCGUUUCUUGUUACAUUUGUUGCAAUUAAACAAAUGAAACAAGUUAUCUCAAAGUCACCACACUAUUUCGUUGAUGUAUUUUACUUUUAAUAUAGGCCUGUGAAGCACUGUUGGCCUAUUGGUAAAAUAUUAUGAGGCUAUUACAGCCUAGUGAAAAUUAUAUUCGUUUUAGCCUACCAUUGACUGAAAUAUUUCAGCUAGCUUGUUGUUCCUUCCCGCUCCCCUUGCACCUGGCUAUCAGUGGAUUGCGGGAAGGUUGUGGCUGUCAACUUAUUGUGGUGACUUAGUCUCAGGGAACAUAUCCGAUGCUGCACUAAACAAACAGAUAAGCAAAUGGCCACACUAGCAGCGGAGAUUCAGCACCAUGAAUGGCGCCACGGUUGAUCAAUUCCCCGCGAAUCUGACUUUAAAGACAAGCCCGUGAUCUGGCGUUUGUUAGUGUAACACCAUGGAACAACGUUGCAAAUGUCUAUUUCCCCUUGAGCGCUUUUGCAGACACGAUGUAUCAGCCGUUUUGUUAACAGUGAGAAGCAGUUUAUAUUUUGGAGCUUCUGCCAGUGCCACACAGCUAAAGUUUGGAGAUUUGUGAAUGUGAGAUGGAGACUGCCUACCAUAACUGUGUUGAGAGGUUGCGUGUAGCCUGCUACAGUUUCAUGAUAGUCAACAAUGCCAGUUAAAAAUUAAAAGGCAUUUAUUGGGGACUUGUGUUGAGUAGCCUAAAUUGGUAGGCUGCUAGCAUUGUGAUCCCUGGACUAAUGUGUGAAUGAAGUCGAAUAGAUAAAAUCCAUUUCAUGCAGAUAUUCGCACAUGCAUAUUUGGUAUUUUUCCAAAGAAAUUAUAUAUUAUUGUUCCAGCGAUUGUCAUUUUUUCUUCUCGAGAAUCGGGAAGGAGCUUGGUCGGGAAAUCUUGGGAUCCUGGAUUCCGGUGUUAAUCCCUAAUUAUAACAUAGCUAUUGUGAGAUCUGACACCACUUAAGAGUACAGACUGCGGAAUGGGACCUUAUCAGGGUCAGCGGCACAAAUGGCACCCUAUUCCCUACAUAGUGCACUACUUUUGACCAGAUCCCUAUGGGCCCUGGUCAAAACUAAUGCACUAAAUAAAUAGUGAAUAAAAUAGUGCACAUCCCGAAUGGAUUCCAUCCAUUUAGGAUGGAAUCCAGGUCAUUACUACUACAGGGGCUCAUCAACCACUUUGAGCCUUCCCUUGAUCUGACAGGCUCUGGGUGGGAAGAAAUCUAAAAACUCGACCUACCCUGAUGAUCUAACCUACCCUGUGGAGUCACGACUCACUCACAACCCUCAUCAACACAGCGCCACUGCACAUGCCCAGUGGCCCACAACACAACAUCAGACAGUGACAUCGUCACGCUUCCACAUCAAACUAUAAAGAGUGGAAGUCAUAAAAAUACAGCCAGCAUCUUAAGUGUUCUUUGAGUUCAAUGGUUCCUACAUGCGGGCACAAGGAGAGGAGCAGGCUCAGACACUGGGGCCAUUUUAAAAAACAGACAGAGAAUAGACAGUUCCGCUGGUCUCCACAGAGUUUUCAAUCCCAGAGUAGAUUCGAGCCAAUGCUUAACAUGUCAAUACUUCCACCUUGUGAAAGUGAUACUGACACUUUUUUAUUUUCGUCAAAAAACUACUUUAUAUCGAAGGAGUGUUUUUGAUUUGACGGCCCGCACAUGAGCUUAGCUAGCUAACGUCGCCAUGACAUCGCCUACAAACGUGAUCGGGGAAUUCUAUUGGAGAAGCAGUUUCUGGAGCUCUUCAUCUAUAGGCUCUUUGGCGUCUCUCUCAUCUGGCUCAGAUGCUGCUCUCUGUCAGUGACAUUAUAAUGGGAAGUCUUUGAGCUGGCGCAAAGAGAUGUUGUCAUGGAAUGGAUUCACAUCUCUCUCUCACGUUGUGUAACGAUGAUGGUGUUGAUGAUGAUGAUGAGCGAAAUGCACAAUGCAGGUGUGACUGACUGCAAGUCCUAUCUGAAUAUGAGAAUGUUGUCUGUGCUGACGUGUGAAUAUUGAUGAUAACACUUCUUCAACAUAAGCUUUAUCCACUGUGUGUCUGGAUACAAGAGACUGUACAGGAUGCCCAGGAGAAGAAGAGGGAGGGUAGGUAGGCACAUACAUUUAAGUACAGACUCAGUGGUGGUAUAGUCACAGUUUUAUCAUAAUUCUCAUCUGCUUUUUUCUCUGUGGGGUGAUUUCACUGUACGCAAAAUAAGCCUAUCAUUAUACUGAAUCUGAAUGGAUAUAUGAUCAUGGUACAUUUCCAAAAUAAAUUAUUUUUCAAUGGGA